AAUUAUGACUUCUCUCUCUUCUCUUCGAUAAUCGAUACCCUACUUCAUACCCUUUCCCUUUUGGCUUCAGAGAACACCGAACGAGAGUGAGACAACCUCAGCCCUUCCUCUCAGAACGCCGACGAUUUAGUGUUGCCGGCUUGCCGCUGCCGCUGGUUUAGUGUCGUCGAUCAUAUCUUCGCCGUCCUGCUUCGUGUGACAUAUGUUCAAACUGUGAACACCCAGGAGCUGGAACUGGAACUCUAGAAAUACAAGAACAAAACUCGAAUUUGGGCUUGGGAGACAGGGAGCUCUAACUACCGAUUGUGGCAGUAAAGUUCUUCAUCUGUUCAAAUAGAUGGCUCGUUUCCAUAAUAAGAAAAAGAAGGCGUUUGUCAAGCCUGUUGUAAAGAAGCAGAGUGUCGAUCAUGUAACUGGAGAUAAAAUCCCGAAAAGCUUUGUCUUUUCAAGAGGAAAACUGCCGAGUUCUCUGAGACACUUGGAAAUGGACUUGAGGAAGCUGAUGCUCCCCUACACGGCACUUAAGCUUAAGGAAAAGAAACGGAAUAAUUUGAAGGAUUUUCUGAAUGUUGCAGGGCCAAUGGGUGUCACACACUUUCUAAUACUAUCAAAAACAGAAACUGCACCCUAUCUUAGAGUUGCAAGAACUCCUCAAGGUCCAACUCUUACAUUUAAAAUACAUGAGUAUUCAUUGGCCGUUGACGUUGCGCAGUCCCAACUGCGUCCAAGAUGCCCUCCGGAACUUUUCAAAAGCUCUCCCUUGAUAGUCCUUUCUGGUUUUGGGACUGGAGAUCAACAUCUAAAGCUUACAACUAUUAUGUUUCAAAAUAUAUUUCCAUCCAUUGAUAUCAACACUGUGAAACUUUCUUCUUGUCAAAGGAUUGUUCUGCUCAAUUACAAUAAAGAGACAAAGCUUAUAGAUUUCCGGCAUUAUUCCAUCAGAUUACAACCUGUUGGUGUCUCCCGCAGAAUUAGGAAAUUUGUGCAGAACCAUCAGACACCUGAUUUGAGGAAUCUUCAAGAUGUCAGCGACUUCAUCACAAAGGCGGGUUACGGGUCAGAAAGUGAAGCAGAUGAUGAAGCAGCAACAGUAAAUCUAUCAAGCGAUAUCGGUAGAGUUAACAAGGCUUCAACAAAAAGUGCUGUCAAGCUUCAAGAGAUUGGACCUAGGAUGACACUUCAACUCAUCAAAGUAGAGGAAGGAUUAUGUACUGGUGGGGUCAUCUUCAAUGAAUAUGGAAACGAAGGUGGGCUAAUAAAGCAAAAAGAUCAGGCAAUGGAGGAGGAAGAUUAGAACUGGAUAACCAUCCAGCUUGGGAGACCGGAGAUUAGACUAUGCGACAUUUGAUCCCCAGAUGUGGGGACCAUCGAGUUUUUUUGUACUGCAGAAUGUUAAUGUUUUAUUAGUGAAAUGGCAUUUUACACCAAAAAAAAAAAAAUCUAGUGGAAUGACAUUAAAAUAUGGAGGUAUUUUAGAUGGGAAUGAAGUUUGAUCUCCCCCCUCUCUCUCUACUAUGGUUGUUUACCGAGCUUCUCUAAGCGACCUAGGGUCCUCUUAUCUACUAUAGAAAAGAACUUGGUCUUUGAUAUGCCAUCGGAUUCCCCCACGGCAGAAAUAGCCCAUUUGAAUGUCAAAAUUUUGACUUCAGACCUUUUUUCCAUAUGUUUGUGUGGGCAUGUGGAAACAUGAAUUUAUGCAUGUAAUAAUUAUUUUACUUUA